AUGUUUGUAAAUAAGUCUGAAGAUGUGCCCGAUUUCGACAAAUACAAAGAUGAGCAUCCAUCAGAUAUGUCUGUCAGUCAUCCUUUUGAAGUAAGCCAGCAGUCACAAUCGAUAAGCAUAGAAAUUGUAAAUGGGCAUAAAUGGUUCGGAAAAAUGUGUUUCCGCAAAAAAGUAUUAAACGGAUUCAACAUGAAGGUACCAGAGAACCACUUGUAUUGCCUCAUAGGGCCAAAAUGUUGUGGCAAAACUACCAUACUAAGGGCAAUGGCCGGGCUGCAGCCGCUCGACAAGGGCUUCAUUGAAUACCGCGGACGGUGUUUACCUAUUUUAGAAUCGAGUCUCAUUGGUUAUAUGCCACAGGAGCAUGGCCUACACUCGCGUCUUACUCUGCGAGAGACCUUUAAGCUUCACGGAGGUUUAUUGGAUAUGGCCCGAGAAUAUCUCCAAGAUCGAAUAUUCGUAGUCAUGCACCUCAUGCAAUUACCCGAUCUCGAUCUCAAGAUAUCGGAUAUGACUUUCGAUCAGCUAUGCCGCACUAGUUUUGCGCUGGCGUUCUUACACGAACCGGAUUUUCUUCUCUUGGACGAACCCACAGUUGGUUCGGAUGCUACGCUCAGAAACGAAUUUCGCGCCUGCAUGAGAGGGCUGCUAACAAACAGACGCACGAAUGUAAUUAUGACUUCUCACGACUUCGACGAAGCUUAUUUCUGCGACACGCUGGGAUUGAUGCGCGAUGGAUGCAUGAUAGCCGAAGGGCCGCCGAAUGCCAUAAUAGAAGCACUAGGAGCAAAGAGUAUCGUCGGAAUCUUUUACAUUACCUCGGUGGGCAGGGGGCACACUGAUUACAAGAGGUUGCUCAGUGAAUUUGGACACGGCGGAAUAAACAUAGGAUUUGGCGAGCGAUUGCAUGUUCCUAAAUUUGCACCCAAUACAUCCACUGGGCCAAAUCUACUUUUAUCAAAUCUUGUUCUAAAUGGUUUAAGUAAACGUUUUGAUAUGCUGAAAGAAGUAGAAAGUGUUGUAUCCGGCAAAGAAUCGGUUGCUCGCGAUGACGCGCACGCUUUUCUGUGGUUUCCACAAAGAGCAAACUUAACCGAACCGCACAUUGCUAUUUAUUUACCGUCAUACAAAAGAUUGGACGGCGCCAGAUCUAGAGCUGUACGUUGA